GGGCGCGCGCCGCAGGAGGGGCGGGCCCGGGGGCGGGGCCUCGGCGGGGCCACGCCCAGCGCCGACCUUGCUGCCGGGACGCGGCGGCGCUCGGAGCGGGCCGAUCCCGCCGCCGCCGCCGAGGCCGACAUGAGCACGUCCUUGCUGUGUUAGGGCUGCUCCUCAGCACGUCAGUGACCCAGCCCGGCGAGGAUGCGCGCCUGGAAGGCGGUGGCCAGCACGCUGGCGCUCAGCGGGGCCGAUGUGGCGGUCACCACGCUGCUCUACACCCACAGCCAGGGCGGCCGGAAUGUCCUGCAGGACCUGCGGCACUUCAACAUCUUCAACUCGCUGCUGGACAUCUGGGGGGGCUGCCUGUACCGCAGCUGCGUGCUGCUGGGCGCCGCCAUCGGCGUGGCCACCAACACGGCCUACGGCCCCCGGCGCCUCAGGGCGUCGCGGACCUUCAUCGCCGUCGUCUGCCUCCUCAUGGGCAUCUACAUGAUGGUGAAGCUGCUGCUCUACUCGGAGGUGCGGAAGACCAUCAGGGACCCCUGGUUCUGGGGGCUCUUUGCCUGGACCUACGUGGCGCUGGCGGCCACCUUCGGGCUGUGGCAGCUGCUGGCCUGUGUCACCUCCUCCCGCGAGGCGCUGGGGCCCAGCUCCGAGUCCCGCGCCGAGGUGGAGGAGAGCUGUGAUGGGGGCACCCCGAGGGACAAGAGGGAGGAGGCAGCAGGUCCCACCAUCCAUAAGCUGCUGUCCUACACCAAGCCGGAUGCCUUGUUCCUGGGCAUCGCCUCCUUCUUCCUCCUCGUGGCCGCCUUGGGAGAGACCUUCCUGCCCUACUACACAGGGCUGGCCAUCGACGGCAUCGUGGUGCAGAAGAGCAUGGAUCGCUUCUCCACGGCAGUGCUGGUCAUGUCACUGCUCGCCAUAGGAAGCUCAUUUGCCGCAGGUAUCCGGGGCGGCGUUUUCACACUCAUCUUCGCACGGCUGAACAUCCGCCUGCGGAACUGCCUCUUCAGGUCCCUGGUGUCUCAGGAGAUGAGUUUUUUUGAUGAGAAUCGCACAGGGGACGUCAUCUCCCGCCUGACGUCGGACACGACCAUCGUGAGCGACCUGGUCUCGCAGAACAUCAACAUCUUCCUGCGCAACGUGGUGAAGGCCACGGGCGUCAUCUUCUUCAUGUUCAGCCUCUCCUGGAAGCUCUCCCUGGUCACCUUCAUGGGCUUCCCCAUCAUCAUGCUGGUGUCUGAUGUCUAUGGGAAGUACUACCAGAAGCUCUCCAAGGACGUGCAGAGCGCUCUGGCCAAGGCCAACAACACGGCUGAGGAGACCAUCUCGGCCAUGAAGACCGUCCGCAGCUUUGCCAACGAGGAGACAGAGGCCAACGUGUACUGGCAGAAGCUGCAGCAGGUGUACAAGCUCAACAAGCGGGAGGCCAUGGCUUACACCUACUACGUCUGGUCCAGUGGGCUGACCCUGCUGGUGGUCCAGGUCAGCAUCCUUUACUACGGUGGGCACCUCGUGAUCUCUGGGCAAAUGACGAGUGGAAACCUGAUAUCCUUCAUCAUUUAUGAGUUCGUGCUGGGGGACUGCAUGGAGUCCAUCGGCUCCGUGUACAGCGGCCUCAUGCAGGGCGUGGGGGCUGCUGAGAAGGUCUUUGAGUUCAUCGACCGCCAGCCCACCAUGGUGCACGACGGCUCCCUGGCCCCGGACCAUGUGGAGGGGAAGGUGGAGUUCAGGAAUGUCACCUUUUCCUACCGCACUCGCUCUGCCACCCAGGUCCUCCAGGACGUGUCCUUCACCCUGCACCCUGGCAAAGUGACAGCGCUGGUGGGUCCUUCAGGGAGUGGGAAGAGCUCCUGUGUGAACAUCCUGGAGAACUUCUACCCUCUGCAGGACGGGCAGGUGCUGCUGGAUGGGCGUCCCAUUAACAUGUACGAUCACAAGUACCUGCACUCCGUGAUCUCCCUGGUGAGCCAGGAGCCCGUGCUGUUUGCCCGCUCCAUUGCAGACAAUAUUUCCUAUGGCUUGGCCUCAGCCUCCUUCGAGUCCGUGGUGCAGGCUGCCCAGAAGGCCAACGCCCACAACUUCAUCACCGAGCUGCAGGACGGCUACCACACAGAGGCAGGGGAAAAAGGAGCUCAGCUGUCAGGUGGGCAGAAGCAGAGAGUGGCGAUUGCCAGGGCCUUGAUCCGAGCCCCUCCCAUCCUCAUCCUGGACGAAGCCACGAGCGCGCUGGAUGCAGAGAGCGAGCACGCGAUUCAGCAGGCGAUUUACGGCGACUUGCAGAACCACACGGUGCUUGUCAUAGCUCACAGGCUGAGCACUGUGGAGAGGGCACACAACAUCAUUGUGCUGGACAAGGGCCGCGUGGUGCAGCAGGGCUCGCACAAGGAGCUGAUGGAAGAAGGAGGCCUUUAUUCCAAGCUGGUGCAGAGACAGAUCCUGGGGCUGGAGGGGGGCGGCACGGACAGUGGCCAGCCUGCAGCCCGGGGGGAUGCAGCCAAGGCACCUGGAGGGCUGGAGGAGGAGUUCAGGAUAGACCAUUCCCUGCCGGCCGCGGCACAGGACGAUUUCACCAACGCCGCGCCCAAGUGAGGGUGGCCGGCGCUCGGACGCUCCCUGGGAUGGAGGUGGCAGCACGGCUGGGAUGGAGGUGGCAGCACGGCUGGGAUGGAGGUGGCAGCACGGCUGGGAUGGAGGUGGCAGCACGGCUGGGAUGGAGGUGGCAGCACGGCUGGGAUGGAGGUGGCAGCACGGCUGGGAUGGAGGUGGCAGAACGGCGCCGCUGGCUCGCCCCACGUCACACACCCUGCACACCCAAACACACCAUAGAGCUUCCUGCAGGACACCUGCCGGCCGGCAAAACAGGGAUUCACUGGAGGGAGCUGGGUCCUUAGCAACUCUCAGCAUUUCUACUGGGUUCCUUUUCUUACUACCAGUAACUCCUCUUGACUGGGACUUUUCUCCCAUCGAUCUGCAUGUGUAACUGCUAUUAACUGUAAUGGAUGUUAAAUGCAUGCGGGGGGGGAAGGUUGAAAACCCCUCCAGGAAUUUCAGGGGGUGGCUUUUGUGGCUGGAUAGAAAAAUGAUGUCUGUAUAGCGAGGUCCUGCUCCCUCUGUCAAUCUAUGGGGCUAAUCCAAAGUUGGCUGAAGCCUGUAGGGAGUUCCCUUUGGCUUUGGUGAAAACUGGAUCACUCCCAUGGAGCUGAAUGCCGGGAGAGUUUUGCACUGAGUGCCUGCAGGCUCAGGCUCUCAACCAUUGCUGCUGAGCUUGUAUUAGGUAGUAUCCAUCCUUGCUGGGACAAGCCAGGGGACCGGGAGGCAGAUGUCACUCUCUGAUUUGCUCUUGGUGCUUGGUGGGUGUUUGUUUUUAAGGAUGAAACGUUUUACCAUAACAGGGUUAGGUUUUGGGGCUUGGGGUUUUUUUUGUUUCGAUUUGUUUGUAGUUUUUUAAUGUCAUUUGUGUGCACUGUGCAAUGUCUGUCUGGCUCCAGCAUCCACUGAAAAUUGGUCUGUUAUUUCAGAAUUUUUUUUAACUCACAACCCCGGUGCUGGUGUGAAAAAAAAAACACUACUAAAGACAGGCAAAAAACACUAAAAGACAGCACUUUAUAAAUCCCACCAAAGCUUUGUUCAGCUUCAGGCCAUGCUAGCGACUUCACUGCAUGGGAAAUCCGUUCUGUCACGUUCCUUGAAGUCCAGCUUCAGCUGCCUGAACUUUAUAAUGUAUUUCUUUGAAUAUAAUUUAUUUUAGUAUGAGGGGUAGAAAGAAAUGUGUUGCUCCUAGCCCUUUGGGGUAAUGGCUCUGGCUUAGUAGUGUUAUCCUGCUAUAGAUUGGUGAAAAAUCCUAUGCAGGCAGGCAAGUGCUGUUUUAAAAAUAGCAUUUCUAGGGGAACACUGACUUCAGACUCUGCAUAGUUAAGAAAUUCUCUCAAGCACUUUAGCUUUCAUGUUUUCUGAUACUUGAAUGCUGCUGCAUUUUCCUUUCCAGCAGGUUUGCAUUUUUGUUAUUGGCAAUGUUUUGUUUUCGGUUAGUGAUGUUUUACAAACUCUAAAUUUAGUGUCCUUGAGGAGGGAUGCUCAAAAAAAAUAAAACACUACCUCUGCCACUCAACGUCAA